AUGCAGACGGGGAGUUUAUCCGCGCUGCGGAAGGUGAAGGUGUAUGGGAGCCGCGACUCACUGUUUAUCGUGGGGCUGAACAAAAAGCAGGAGGCGUACGAAAUAACGGAGGUGGGACGCAGCAGAGAGGUCCAAGUGAAGCGGAACUUCCAAGUACAUCAGAAGUCCUCCUAUCGUAACUUCGUCGGGAAAAAUGGCCUCGAAUAUGUAGGCAAGUGUGAGGGGGUCCUGGGAUGCAUUCGUUUCUUAAAUUAUCCCUAUCUGUACGUCAUCACGAAGAAGGAGAAAGUAGCUGUCCUGUUUAAUGAGCAUAAGGUGUACCUCGUUAAGUCGGUCCUCUUGAUCCCCUUCAGGGAUGACGUCUUUGAAAACUUCAACGAUGAGAAUGAAUUGGUCCAGAUUUUCUACAACAGCGUUAACCACAAGCACAUUUAUUUUUCCUACACAUACAAUUUACCUUGCUCUGUCCAGGAGAAUCAUUCCUUACAGAAGGAUUUCCUGAGAGGAGGCAACAUCCACUGUAGGGAUUGCACAAAUGAGUACCUGUGGAAUCGUUACCACAGUAAGUCUUUCAUUCGGCAGAAUGUAUUCAUAUGUGUGGCAACAAUCAGUGGGUUCUUUGUUCAGUCAAAAUUCUGUUGUGAGGGGAAAGUUAUAGAUGUCACUUUCAUCGCCAGGAGGUGUAACAAAUACGCUGGGACGAGGUACCGAAAGAGAGGGAUCAAUGCCAAAGGAUACGCAGCGAACCAGGUGGAAACAGAACUUAUUUUAUUUCAAAGAGAUUACGAAACGGCUAUUCUUUCUUACGUACAGUUGAGGGGAUCCGUUCCUGUGUUCUGGAGUCAAGGGGUUAACUACCACUUGUUGAAGAAACCAAAAAUAAAAUGCAUACAAAAUGACGUCCUUUUUACGUGCACCAAGAGACACUUCAAACAUUUGCUUUCAAGAUAUGGAUACCCUAUUAUUGCUAUUAACCUCCUGAGCAAAAAUAAACACAGCGAUGAGAAUAACUUGUCCAAUCAGUACGAAGCCUGCAUUGCCUUCAUCAACCGGGACAUGCCUCCUCCGAUUCGAAUCAUAUACAAGCAUCUCGACCUGAGGAAGGCGUACAAAAUAGGCACCAAAUACACUCUCAAGAAACUGAAGGUUAUCUUUAAUUUCUCUCAAUCCAAUGUGGGCUAUUUCCACCUUCGGAAUGGAGAGGUGGUAGUCAUCCAGAGAGGUAUCCUCCGCUUCAACUGUGUCGACUGUCUCGAUAGGACAAACGCGGCUCAGCUAUUUCUGAAGAUGUAUAUGCUGGUACACUUUCUGGAGCUGAUUAGCCGCGUGAAGAGGAAGGCCUUAUGUGUUAACCACGUCGGACAUCUGUCUCAGAUGUAUGAAGAACUGGGGGAUGCCAUAGCCAAGAAGUAUGCUGGUUCUACUGCACACAAGAAGUAUACCCCUGGACAGAGCAACAACUUUUUUGUCCAAUCGAAGGAGCUGCUGACGUCUAUUAAGCGGUACUAUAUUAGCUCGUUCAACGACUUGGAGAAGCAGAAGUCUAUUAAUCUAUUUUUGGGUGUGGCCGACGACAAGCUCCAGGGGAUCCGGAACGCGCACGACCUCGACACGUACGUGCAUGGACGGACGUUCUUUCGGCCUGCAAGGGGGGGGCGCGCCGACCCAUUUUGGUGGGUCCUCCCGCUGGAGCGCUUCUGCGCCAAGGCGGAGUCGCUGCUGGGGGGGAGCCUCAGCAGGGGGCGCAGACAAGGGAGGGACCUAAAGGAGGGGCGAGCUAAGCGGCGAGCUGAGUGGAGAACUCCCAGCCGAACUCCUAACCGGACUGCGACGCGGCGCCCCCGGGGUAAGGAAAACAACAUCGUGCCCAGCAUGCUGCGCAACCUGAAGUUCUACCGCUGCUUCAGCGACACGAAUGUUUUCAAAAAUCUGUACAACGCGCACGACUGGGAGGGUCGCUUCGCGCGGGCGGUCCAGGUAGCGGCAGGAGGAGUGGCGGGAGAAGCAGCAGAGACAGGAAAAACUGGAGAACUCCCCUGCGCGUCCUCCCCCGCAUUGGCGCUGCUACUGAAGUGUUGCGGAGGGGUAAGCCACUCGGGGAAGCUGUCCAACACAGCGGCGGAAGACGUGCUGUCCCCAUUCGAGCGUUCCCUGAACCUAAUCGCCCACAUCUACAAAUUCUACGACGCAUACAAACACGACUUCCACUUCUACUUCGAGAAUAAAAACAUCUUUAGGUUCCGAAUCUGGAGAUGCAUAGCGACGUAUAAUUACCUUAACUAUUUGAGAGUCUAUUUCGACGUCUUCUUCCUCCUCUACUACUGCUUCUGCAAACGGUACAGCGUGCACAUGGUGUAUAUGAGUCAUAUGAACGCCCUGUACGAGGCCUUGGAGGGGAACCACCACACGAGGAGGAGCGGAAACACAGAGAUGAGCAGCCACACGGUCUGUCGAGGCGCCCCCCUCCUGGUUAACCCCUACACAUUCGAGAAGGACGUGAAGCAGAUCAUCCACGAAUAUGUCCGUUACAAAAAGGUCUCCUUUGCGUUGGAACCAUACCUGAAUUAUGCUAACUUGAAUAGCGCUCCUUAUCAGUACAUGCUGAUGAGUGGGCGCUCCCUUAUUGGCAGGAGAGGGGGAAACAAGAAGCGUCUUUCUUUAAGGGAAAGACACCCAUGUGAAAAUGCCGCAGUGACGAACAUUUUUAAACGUUCCCAUGUUACCCAUUUGGAUGACUCUCCCGUUUUACAUGAGGAGGACAAGACACACUGCAAGUACAUUUUCAAGAAAAAGCUGAUUGAGCAGAUGAAGAACAGAGUGGUUAAAGGGAAGGGCGGGUGUGCCUAUUACUCCAGAGCGUAUGAGAGGUCGAAAAAGAGAUGCAUCGAAGAACCUACAAAGGGGAGGAAGCAGAUGGAGCGGCUCGAAGACCAGAUUAACAGAACCCCGCGGGGGUACUGCCCAAUAUAUUUCAAUGCAAACAUGGUUAAGUUUUUUUUUUUUGUAUAUAGUAGCUGCCGUGGGGGCGGUACCACGGGGGAGGACUCGAGAAAGUCCGGUUCGAUGUCCAUCGUGAGGGGGAUAGUCAUGGAUGCGUUGCGAGUGGCGAUGGGGUUGACACAAUCACUUGAGCUAUCUCCACCGCACCAGAUGCAACGACUGCUCAGGCAAGCGACCCAGGCGGGCAGCCUCCAAGAGUUCCUCUCCGACCUGUACAUGCACCACGUGUACAAAAACAGCCAGUACAAGGAACUGAACCUAGGCCUCCUCCAAAAUCCCAACGCGCCAAACUGCAGUGACGAAAAAAGCAAGGUGAAAAAAUCAGAACAGAGGUUUCUCCUUGACGAGUAUGAGACAUCUGAAUACAAUUUAAAGAAAAGAAAAAAAAAAAUCUGGAAAGUCGAUAAGAAAACAAAAAACCAAAUCGAGAAGAAUCACGCAAAUCUCUCCAGGGAGUACCUCUCCGUUAAGCAUUUUACGAAGAGGUAUUUUAACGACAUGAUAGAUUUGCGCAGACGAGACAGGGAAGUAAAUGGAUUCUUCCUUCAGCAGAUUGAAUUGGGGAAGUACCAAAUGGCCAAUCAGAGUUCCCACUGCAUGGUGGAAACAUCCUGGCAUUUCACAAGGUUCUACGCGAAGAAGAACCAGCUUACUACAUGGACGUCUGCGCAGAUGGUGCCUAACUUCAACGUUCUGCGACAUAGACUCGAGGGCAAGGUGGAUUACCGCCAGUACUGCGACCCGAUGUCACGUGAAAUUUUCCUCCCUUAG